CAACGCUGUGAUACCCGCUUCAGAUUCCGAGUCUCGUUGGGAUCCCGGAACACGGAACACUCGACGCUCCAACACUCGGCACAGGCACACCCACGCUCACGCAACCCACCAUGGCCGCUUUGACCCUACAAUCAGCCAUCCAGGGCGCGCCCGACUCGACGGCCGUCAUUGUGCCCUCCCGCCCGCUUGCCCUGUCCGUCACCUACAAGGAGCUGGUCUCCGAGGUGGCCUCGUUCCAGCAGAAGCUGGCCGCCAUAGGCAUCGCCCAGGGAUCCCCCGUGUCCAUCGCGACCGUCAACUCGUACGAGUUCAUCGUGUCCUUCCUGGCCGCCUCGUGGCAGCGCGCCAUUGCCGCCCCGCUGAAUCCCGCCUACAAGCAGGCCGAGUUCGAGUUCUACAUCGAGGAUGUCAAGUCGGCCAUCGUGCUGGUGCCCAGGGGCGCCUACCAGAGCGCCAGUCCGGCCGUGAAGGCCGCCCAGAGGUUCAACGCCGCCAUCGCCGAGUGCUACUGGGAUGCCGCGAAGAAGGAGGUCGCCCUCGACGUGAAGGAGCUCGGCCAGCUGCAAGGCAAGCCCGGCCAGCCCGUGCUGAAGCCCGAGCCCGAGGACAUCGCCCUGGUCCUGCACACCAGCGGAACCACGUCGAGACCCAAAGUCGUGCCCCUCUCGCACCGGAACCUGACUCGGACCAUGCAGAACAUCCAGCAGACCUACCAGCUCACCGCCGCGGACCGCACCAUGCUCGUCAUGCCGCUGUUCCACGUCCACGGCCUCCUCUGCGGCCUCCUCGCUCCUCUCUACUCCGGCGGCUCCGUCGUCGUCCCGACCAAGUUCUCCGCCUCCGACUUCUGGCGGGACUUCGUCACCCACAAAGCCAACUGGUACACGGCCGUCCCGACCAUCCACCAGAUCCUGCUCAAGAACCCGACCCCCAACCCGCUCCCCCCGAUCCGCUUCAUCCGCUCGUGCUCCUCCCCGCUCUCCCCCACCGUCUUCCACGCGCUCGAAGAGACCUACAAGGCCCCCGUGCUCGAAGCCUACGCCAUGACCGAGGCCGCCCACCAGAUGACGUCCAACCCCCUCCCGUCCGUCGGCAAGCGCAAGCCGGGCACCGUCGGCGUCGGCCAGGGCGUCGAAGUCGUCAUCCUCGACGACGCCGGCAAGCCCGUGCCGCAGGGCCGCGAGGGCGAGAUCUGCAUCCGCGGCGCCAACGUCACGCGCGGCUACCUCAACAACCCGGAGGCCAACCGGGCCGCCUUCACGGCCGACGGCUACUUCCGCACCGGCGACCAGGGCCGCAAGGACGAGGACGGCUACGUCGUCAUCACCGGCCGCAUCAAGGAGCUGAUCAACAAGGGCGGCGAGAAGAUCUCGCCCAUCGAGCUGGACAACGUGCUGACCCGCCACCCGGCCGUGUCCGAGGCCGUCAGCUUCGCCGUCCCCGACGACAUGUACGGCCAGGACAUCGGCGUCGCCGUCGUGCUCAAGCCCGGGCACCGCCUGCGCGACGACGAGCUGAAGGCCUGGGUGGCCGACAAGUUGGCCAAGUUCAAGGUGCCGAAGAAGGUCUAUUUCACCGAUGUCAUGCCCAAGACGGCGACGGGCAAGAUCCAGCGGCGCAUUGUCGCCGAGGCCAUGCAGAAGCAGGAAGGCCGCUCAAAGCUGUAGACUCAGGCUUGGGUAGAAAGUGAAGAUCUGUAUAUUCUUGAUAUGUAGCGGAUGAUCUAGAGAUACUGCUCCUGUGGAUAGAACCAAACAAAUCAUCGGCGCUCAGGUCGCCGUCCCGCUCGGAGUUUGCUCUGGCUCGCAAUACUGCAUGAUGAUCCCGCGCCGCGCGCGACAUU